AAAAUAUUUUGCUUCAUUUAACCAACAUUCAACCCAGAUGCUUUUGUCAGAAAUCAAUAGUGAAUUGCUAACUUGCAUUGCUGGUCAUUUACCUUUGAAAGAUUUAAAAACCUUUUCACAAGUCUGCCAUCGAUUUGCAAUCAUAGCUCAUAGUGAUGCUGUUUGGAAAGAACAACUCUAUAACACAUACGGUGUAACCUAUAAACUUCCUGAGGAAAGUUGGAAGGACAUGUAUGAGCGUAAGAGUGAGGAUCCGAAAAAUUAUAGAAUAUGUCCUCAUAUUGGAUACGUGAAUGGACAGAUAUUGAAGCCCUAUGCAGCAAAGUAUCAGCAGGUGCUCAACUGGUUGCCAAAAAACCUAAACUGUACAACGUGUGGUUCAAACUGUAAGGACAGUGGAUUGUGUCUCUACAUCUGGAAGGGAAAUACUAGAAAUCGCUGUAAGGAUUGUGCCUAUAGUUUUCAUAAAGCAGUGGAAGGACAUGGUAUCUUGAUUCGAAUGAACGUAUUACAACUUUAUUGCUUUGAUUGUAACAGACUGGUAAUGAUCACCCUAAGCAACUGAUAGAUCUGUCUACUCAUCGUAUUUUAUAGCUGGGUGAAAUGCGAGGAGAUGCUAGUGAAGCCUAUUACGUCAAUCUGUUGUUAGAGGCAUUGACCCAUGAUAGUGAGAAAGGUAGAGAAGCAAUGAGAAAUAGAAAUCGAUGCAUGCAAGAACGCGUACUCUAUACCGAGCAAGCCGAUCGUUAUGCGGUCUUAACAAAAGAAAGAUACUAUUUCGUAGACAGAUUAUGGAUGUGCUCGUGGUUUCUGCGUUUAUGCGAUGGUAAAUUAGGUGAGGGCCCAGUGGCGAAUGACAGUUUGGAAGAUCCCGAAAAUCCCGGUAAACUCAACCCCCAUUCACGACCACGUGGAUCCUUCAAGGGUGGAUU